AUGCCAAGACGACAUUAUUUACAGAACAAAACUACUGGAAAAAAGUAUCCUGUCCAUAGUUUACGACGUUCAACUCGUCCUCCUAAAGACGAAAAAUUACAAAGAAAGUUUAAUGAUCAUAUUCAGUUGAGUGCUUCAGAUCUUCCACAUAAAGUUGAUCUUCGUUCAAAAAUGACGCCUAUUAAACAUCAAGGAGACACGAAUAGUUGUGCAGCGACUGCUUUUGCAGGAGCUCUUGAAUAUUUAUUGAAAAAAAGUAGUAGCACGAACAUUGAUAUAAGUCGAUUCUUCGUUUAUUACAAUGCUCGUAUUAAAGAUAACGGACUUAACAAAAAUGUCAAAGAUGAAGGUAGUAUUGUAACAGAUGCUCUAGAAGCAUUAAAAGAAUUUGGUGUGUGUGAGGAAUCAAUUUGGGCAUAUGAUAUUCAAGAAAAAAAUAAGCGUCCAAAUGAAAAAGCAUACAAAGCAGCCCAAAAUAAAAAGAUAGUUGAUGCAUUACAAAUUGAUGUAGAUUUAAAUGAGAUGAAAACAUGUCUUGCGCAAGAUUAUCCAUUUGCAUUUGGCUUAUUAUUAUUUCAAUCCUUCGAUAAAGGAUGUAAAAAUGGUGUUAUACCAACGCCAAAACCAGAAGAAGCAAGUCGAGAGAUACAUGAUGGUUUGGAUUAUAUUUGA